CGGGCAGGUAGCGCGCUUCCGCGGCUUCCCUCACCCCCCCUCCCUGCCCCCAUUGGUAGGGGCUGCGGGUCCGGGCGGAAGUGGGGCAGGGGGGCGGGAGCGAGGCGUCACCGUUGUAUAUUCAUGAGGCGCGCGCAGCUCGGCAUGCUAAUGAGGCGGGGCGCGGCGGCCGGCUGAGGAGCUGCUGGGCGGCGGCGGCUACUGGCGUGGAGCAGCCGGGCGGGAGCGGCGUAGGUACAGGGUCACUGGUGAGCGCGAAUCAGGACAUGGAGCCGUCCGGCGGGGCCCUGGGGCCCGGACGCGGGACCAGGGACAAGAAGAAGGGCCGGAGCCCGGAUGAGCUGCCUGCGACGGGCGGCGACGGCGGCAAAUCCAAGAAAUUCACUUUGAAGCGGCUCAUGGCAGAUGAGCUGGAGAGAUUUACCAGCAUGAGAAUUAAGAAGGAGAAGGAAAAACCCAAUUCUGCUCAUAGAAAUUCUUCUGCCUCUUAUGGGGAUGACCCAACAGCACAGUCCUUGCAGGAUAUUUCUGAUGAGCAAGUUCUAGUUCUCUUUGAACAGAUGCUGCUGGAUAUGAACCUGAAUGAGGAAAAACAGCAACCUUUGAGAGAGAAGGACAUUGUCAUCAAGAGGGAGAUGGUGUCCCAGUACUUGCACACUUCCAAGGCUGUGAGUCUUGGGGGCAUGAGCCAAAAGGAGAGCUCUAGAUCUGCCAUGAUGUACAUUCAGGAGUUGAGAUCAGGCUUGCGGGAUAUGCCUCUGCUUAGCUGCCUGGAGUCCCUUCGUGUCUCUCUCAACAACAACCCUGUCAGUUGGGUACAAACAUUUGGUGCUGAAGGUCUGGCCUCUUUAUUAGACAUCCUCAAACGACUUCACGAUGAGAAAGAGGAGACUGCUGGGAGCUACGAUAGCAGGAACCAACAUGAGAUCAUUCGCUGUUUGAAAGCUUUUAUGAACAACAAGUUUGGAAUCAAAACCAUGUUGGAGACAGAAGAAGGAAUUUUACUGCUGGUCAGAGCCAUGGAUCCUGCUGUUCCCAACAUGAUGAUUGAUGCAGCUAAACUGCUUUCUGCUCUUUGUAUUCUACCACAACCAGAGGACAUGAAUGAAAGGGUUUUGGAGGCAAUGACAGAAAGAGCUGAGAUGGAUGAGGUGGAACGUUUCCAGCCGCUGUUGGAUGGAUUAAAAAGUGGGACCUCCAUUGCACUCAAGGUGGGAUGCCUACAGCUGAUCAAUGCUCUCAUCACUCCAGCUGAAGAACUUGACUUCCGAGUUCACAUUAGAAGUGAACUGAUGCGAUUAGGGCUGCAUCAGGUGUUGCAGGACCUUCGAGAGAUUGAAAAUGAUGAUAUGAGAGUGCAACUAAAUGUGUUUGAUGAACAAGGGGAAGAAGAUUCCUAUGAUCUGAAGGGACGGCUAGAUGACAUUCGCAUGGAGAUGGAUGACUUUAGUGAAGUCUUCCAGAUUCUGUUAAACACAGUGAAGGACUCAAAGGCAGAGCCACACUUCCUGUCCAUUCUUCAGCACCUGCUGUUGGUCCGAAAUGACUAUGAGGCCAGACCACAGUACUAUAAGUUGAUUGAAGAAUGUAUCUCCCAGAUAGUUCUUCAUAAGAAUGGAGCUGAUCCUGAUUUCAAAUGCCGGCACCUCCAGAUUGAUAUCGAGGGAUUGAUUGAUCAAAUGAUUGAUAAAACAAAAGUGGAGAAAUCUGAAGCCAAAGCUACAGAGCUGGAAAAAAAGCUGGACUCAGAGUUAACAGCCCGACAUGAGCUACAAGUAGAAAUGAAAAAGAUGGAAAGUGACUUUGAGCAGAAACUUCAGGAUCUUCAGGGAGAAAAGGAUGCAUUGGAUUCUGAAAAGCAACAAAUUGCCAUAGAGAAACAAGACCUUGAAGCAGAGGUGUCCCAGCUCACAGGAGAGGUUGCCAAGCUGUCAAAAGAACUGGAAGAUGCCAAGAAAGAAAUGGCUUCUCUCUCUGCCUCAGUUGUUGCUAUAGCUCCUUCUGUUCCUAGUAGUGCCACUGUUCCUCCUGCCCCUCCUCUACCUGGUGACUCUCGAAUGGUUAUUCCACCUCCAGCCCCUCCUUUAUCAGGAGGGGUUAGUAUACCACCCCCACCUCCUCUUCCUGGAGGUGCUACCAUUUUUCCUCCUCCACCUCCACCUGCUCCUCCUUUGCCUGGAGUUGUUUGCAUCCCUCCACCCCCUCCUUUGCCUACAGGUACUGGCAUCCCUCCUCCCCCUCCUUUGCCUGGAGGUGCUGGCAUCCCCCCUCCACCUCCCUUGCCUGGAGGUGCUGGCAUCCCCCCUCCACCUCCCUUGCCUGGAGGUGCUGGCAUUCCCCCACCACCUCCAUUGCCUGGAAGUACUAGCAUCCCUCCACCACCUCCCUUACCUGGGGGUGCUUGCAUCCCCCCACCUCCUCCCUUGCCUGGAGGACCAGGAAUGCCACCUCCCCCUCCUCCUCUUCCUGGUGGUCCUGGAAUCCCUCCACCACCUCCAUUUCCUGGUGGCCCUGGCAUUCCUCCACCUCCACCUGGAAUGGGUUUGCCUCCGCCUCCCCCCUUUGGAUUUGGGGUACCAGCAGCCCCAGUUCUGCCAUUUGGAUUAACUCCCAAAAAGAUUUAUAAGCCAGAGGUGCAGCUCCGGAGGCCUAACUGGUCUAAGUUUGUGGCUGAGGACCUUUCCCAGGACUGCUUCUGGACAAAGGUGAAGGAGGACCGCUUUGAGAACAACGAACUUUUCGCCAAACUUACUCUUACCUUCUCUGCCCAGACCAAGACUUCCAAAGCCAAAAAGGAUCAGGAAGGUGGAGAAGAAAAGAAAUCUGUACAAAAGAAAAAAGUAAAAGAGUUAAAGGUGUUGGAUUCAAAGACGGCCCAGAAUCUCUCAAUCUUUUUGGGUUCCUUCCGCAUGCCCUAUCAAGAGAUUAAGAAUGUCAUCCUGGAGGUGAAUGAGGCUGUUCUUACGGAAUCUAUGAUCCAGAACCUCAUUAAGCAAAUGCCAGAGCCAGAGCAGUUAAAAAUGCUAUCCGAACUGAAGGAUGAAUAUGAUGAUCUGGCCGAGUCAGAGCAGUUUGGUGUGGUGAUGGGCACAGUGCCCCGCCUGCGGCCUCGCCUCAAUGCCAUUCUCUUCAAGCUGCAAUUCAGUGAGCAAGUGGAGAAUAUUAAGCCAGAGAUUGUUUCUGUCACUGCCGCAUGUGAGGAAUUACGCAAGAGUGAGAGCUUCUCUAGCCUCCUGGAGAUAACCCUCCUUGUUGGAAACUAUAUGAAUGCUGGCUCCAGGAAUGCUGGAGCUUUUGGUUUCAACAUCAGCUUCCUCUGCAAGCUUCGAGACACGAAAUCCACAGAUCAAAAGAUGACAUUGUUGCACUUCUUGGCUGAGUUGUGUGAGAAUGACUAUCCUGAUGUCCUCAAGUUCCCAGAUGAGCUUGCUCAUGUGGAGAAAGCCAGCCGAGUUUCUGCUGAAAACUUGCAAAAGAACCUAGAUCAGAUGAAGAAACAGAUUUCUGAUGUGGAACGUGAUGUUCAGAAUUUUCCAGCUGCCACAGAUGAAAAAGAUAAGUUUGUUGAAAAAAUGACUAGCUUUGUAAAGGAUGCACAGGAACAAUAUAACAAGCUGCGGAUGAUGCACUCUAACAUGGAGACCCUCUAUAAGGAGCUAGGCGACUAUUUCAUCUUUGACCCCAAAAAGUUGUCUGUGGAAGAAUUCUUCAUGGAUCUGCACAACUUCAGAAAUAUGUUUGUGCAAGCAGUAAAGGAGAACCAAAAACGACGGGAGACAGAAGAAAAGAUGCGACGAGCAAAACUAGCCAAAGAGAAGGCAGAGAAAGAGCGGCUAGAGAAACAGCAGAAGAGAGAGCAACUCAUAGACAUGAAUGCAGAGGGUGAUGAGACAGGUGUGAUGGAUAGUCUUCUAGAAGCCCUGCAAUCAGGUGCAGCAUUCCGUCGGAAGAGAGGACCCCGUCAGGCCAACAGGAAGGCUGGGUGUGCAGUCACAUCUCUGCUAGCUUCAGAGCUGACCAAGGAUGAUGCCAUGACUGCAGUUCCUAUCAAGGUGCCCAAGACCAGCGAAGGAGUCCCCACAAUCCUUGAGGAAGCCAAGGAGUUGGUUGGUCGUGCAAGUUAAACUGGGUCCCUGGGCCAUGGCAGCUCCUAAAUGGAGCCUGGAUUGUCCCGCCCUGCAGCAUGUGCCUAAAGGGUCUAGGGGAUAUUCCUCUGGGGCAACCACUUCCACUACCCUGACCCCAACUUUCUCUGGCCUGCUGCUCUCUGAACAUCACAUACAUCUUCAGCUGCCUGGAGACCAGAGGAAAGGGUCAUGUGGAAGAGGCCUGAGACCAACUCAGCCAGCCCUGGCUAUUGUAUUACCAAAGCAGGGGACCCAUUUGCUGCCUUAACCCUGUUUCCUCUGUUACUCAAGAGGGCCUUGUCUUAGACAAAGCGCAGCCUGCUUUCUCAGCCCAACUUUCUAUUGGGUAUGUUCGUAGGUCAGACUUGCUGAAUUUGUGCUUUUCUUUUGUGGUUUCUCUGGCCCUGAGAACAGCAUGGAGCUUAUGAACCUCUGGGCUAGAUCCUUCCCUUCAUUGCUGUCACCUAUGCUCUUCUCUUCCCUUCCUAGCUGUUGUUAUUUAUUAUUAGUGCUAUGGCAUUGGGAGCUGCUUCUAAGAAGGCCGGAGCAAAUCCCACCCUUACCCAUCUUCCUGGAAAAGGCUUCCCAAAAUAAAAAGGAUCUGUACCACUCUACUUGUUCCACUGUGGUCCAGGCCUGAGCCUGUGGACAGGUAGCUAUGGCAUAGUAACUGUACCGGGUCCAUCCCCCAGCCCAUUGCCAUGCCUUUUGCCUUUGCCUCCCUAGACCCUCUGUAUCAGCCUCCAGGAUACUGAGCCAGGGUGCCCCCCCCCCAAUCAUUCCUUCUGCAGAGUUUUGAUGCAUCUCAUUUGGAGUAUGGGCUAUAGUGUGACCAUCCCAACACCUCACCCCUAUCUCCAAGGAAAUGGGAGGUGGAGCCUCCUGGCUGAGAAAUUGUUUUGCAAAGGAUCUAUUUUUGUACGAAAAAAAUUUUUUAAAGAAAAAUAACUUCCUUCCCCUGUCCCCUCCAUAAUGUAAUAAGGUUUGAUGGUAGGUUCAGAGUUCUAGGGCUCUCCUUACAGGCCACAAUCCUGAACAUGCCCCUGGACCUUGGCCUCAGUUCUCAAGCCUUUUGGACUUUGAGACUUAGGUAGAACUCCCACCACCACCACCACCACCACCCUGCAGCACUUCUGGGGCAGGAGGAGCUUCUGGUUGGGCUGGGCCAGGCCCAAGAAUAAUAGGAGCUCUGAGGUUACAGUUUUUAUGAAUUUAAUAGAUUAUCAAGCCAAAUGUACAAAUGCUAACUGGGCACUGGGAAUCUGGCACAGGGGUUGCUUGCACAUACACCCUGUGCUCCCUUCUGAACAGUGGGCAGACCAAACUAUUUGGUGGCCCCAACCUCAGGAAGCUCAGAUUCUCUGGCUUAGGGUGACACUUCUGUCUCCCUUGUGCCACUUUGAGCCCAUCCCAGCUAGGGAGAGAGAAUGGUACUUUUAGAGAUUGGCCCAGAAUUAUAGUUAGAGAGCGGGGAGCUAAGGAAAUUUGAGGGGGCUUUGUGGCCAGGAAGGAGGGUUUUGGUUGUGUGUCCAGCUUGUGUCCAAAGGGGCAAAGGCAACUCUUCUGGGCUAUUUCAGGGAAGACUGGUGCAGGGGUCCUGUUGCUUCCCUGAGUCACCUUCUUCCUCUUGCUGGCUGACAUCUAGGGUUUUGAUUUGACCCUUUCUUUUUUAAUCUACUUUUGCUAAGAUGAAUUUAAUAAGAAAAAUUUUUUAAAAAGAGAGGAGUAUACAAAAUGCAAACCUGUUCCCUUGCCUCUUGGGCUUCUGGGAUGUCAUCACCUCCAGUUUGAUGGGUUUGUUUCCAACUGUUAAUAAAGCAUUGAAACAACAUCGCC